AUGGGCAAGGCAGACAAACAACUCAAGGCAUUCAUCGAGAACAUCCCAGAUAGUUCUCUCACUGCGCUUCCGACGAAUCCUGGGACUCUUCACAAGGAUACUAAUUUUAGGCUUGAUAUGCAAGGCAUGACGAAGAAACAAGAACACAAUCUCCAAGUCCAGGUCAAUAAAGGCACAACCAUCACGUCGUUGAAGAAAGUUGCGCCAAAAACUGUCGCAGGACCAGUCCUUGUCAAGUCCAAGGAGCCAUCGUCUGCUGCAGACAUCAGGGCUGAGCUUUUAGCCAAGAUGUUAAUCUAG